AGGGGUUGUCCUCUUCCCUGGCUCUUUUUCAUCAGGUGAGAGACAGAGAGAGCGCUUUGUUUCGGAGAUUCGUUCAUGGCAGAUCCGAGCAUUCAGUUUCCUUAAUAUUUGAUACCUUUUAUUGUUUACUUUCGUUAUUUUCCUUCAGGUUUUCUUUUAUCCUCUUCCAUGGCGGAUCUUCGAUUCCACUUUUAAGGCUUUCGGAUCCUUCUUUUUCUUCUCUCAGGUUUCUAUUUGGUAGUUUUUUUUUCAAAAAAAAAAACCUUCUCCGAAAAACCCAAAAAAAACUUUUUAUGGAGCAUUUUCAGAGGAGAGUACUAGUACUUGGGUGAUGGCCGUUUGAUGGGUAAACAUUUAAUUGUUUUCUAGUGCAGGAGGUUUAUCUGCUGUUCUUUCUAUAACUUUUCUGCAACCCAUUUCUUUCUCCAUUCUUUCAUGGUCUGAAGAAUGAAGUUCUGAUAUCUUCGGAUUCUUACUCAGGCAUUUUGUUUUCUCCCCAAGGAGCAAGUGUUUGUUUUUUAUUAUCCUUUUGAGAGGUGAUUUUUUUUUUUUUGUACUCGAGUUUUGAAUCAAUAUGGAUUCAAAGAGGAAAAUGGACUCGCCCGAGUCAAACGUGUUGACUCGGUCCUCACCAUUUCCCGACGAGGUAUUAGAGCGAGUUCUGGGGCUCGUGAAGUCCCACAAAGACAGAAGCUCAGUCUCUCUUGUGUGCAAGGACUGGUACAACGCGGAGAGAUGGUCCCGGACCCACGUGUUCAUCGGCAACUGCUACUCCGUUUCGCCGGAGAUCGUUGCUCGGAGAUUUCCCAACAUUCGAAGCGUGACGCUCAAAGGGAAGCCUCGUUUUUCGGAUUUCAAUCUGGUCCCGUUGAACUGGGGGGCUGAUAUUCAUGCUUGGCUUGUUGUGUUCGCCUCCAAGUACCCUCUUCUUGAGGAGUUGAGGCUUAAGAGAAUGACUGUUACUGAUGAGAGCUUGGAGUUCUUGGCUACGACGUUCACCAAUUUCAAAGCUCUCUCGCUUUUGAGCUGUGACGGGUUCAGUACGGAUGGACUUGCCGCCAUUGCUACUCAUUGCAAGAAUAUGACGGAGCUUGACAUACAGGAGAAUGGCAUUGAUGACCUUGGUGGGGGUUGGUUAAGUUGCUUUCCCGAAAACUUCACGUCACUGGAAGUGCUGAAUUUUGCGAAUCUGAGCAGUGAUGUCUCUUUUGAUGCUCUUGAGAAACUAGUGAGUAGGUGCAGAUCUUUAAAAUUCUUGAAGGUUAACAAGAAUAUCACCCUGGAACAAUUACAGAGGUUGCUUGAGUGUGCUCCUCAACUGACAGAGCUUGGUACUGGGUCCUUCCAUCAAGAGCUCACAACCCGCCAGUAUGCAGAGCUUGAAAGUGCAUUCAACAACUGCAAGAAUCUAAAUACUCUCUCUGGUUUGUGGGAAGCUACUCCACUGUAUCUCCCAGUUCUAUACCCUGCCUGUACGAAUUUGACGUUCUUGAAUUUGAGUGAUGCUGCUCUGCAAAGUGGUGAACUUGCCAAGCUUCUUGCUUACUGUCCAAAUCUACAGCGUCUUUGGGUUCUGGACACAGUAGAAGACAAAGGGCUGGAAGCUGUUGGAUCUAGCUGUCCUUUGCUCGAGGAACUACGUGUCUUCCCUGCUGAUCCCUAUGAGCAGGAUGUUGUCCAUGGGGUGACUGAAAUGGGUUUUGUUGCUGUGUCUUAUGGCUGCCCUAGGCUUCACUAUGUACUCUACUUUUGUAGGCAGAUGACUAAUGCUGCGGUGGCAACUAUUGUAAAGAAUUGCCCUGAUUUCACCCACUUUCGGCUGUGUGUAAUGAACCCAGGUGAGCCUGAUUAUCUUACUAAUGAACCUAUGGAUGAGGCUUUUGGUGCAGUGGUGAAGAAUUGCACCAAACUCCAGAGACUUGCAGUUUCAGGUCUACUGACCGACCUCACAUUUGAGUAUAUUGGAAAAUAUGCCAAAAAUCUGGAAACUCUUUCAGUGGCUUUUGCUGGUAGCAGUGAUUGGGGGAUGCAGUGUGUGCUGAGUGGCUGCUCAAAGCUGAGAAAGCUUGAGAUAAGGGACUGUCCAUUUGGCAAUGAGGCAUUGCUCUCGGGUUUGGAGAAGUAUGAGUCUAUGAGGUCACUCUGGAUGUCAGCCUGCAAUGUGACAAUGAAUGCUUGUAGGCGGCUGGCCAAGCAGAUGCCAAGGUUGAAUGUUGAGGUAAUGAAGGAUGAAGAGAGUGAUGACAGUCAGGCUGAUAAAGUGUAUGUCUACCGUUCCGUUGCGGGGCCAAGAAGGGAUGCUCCACCUUUUGUUCUGACUCUCUGAAGUUCAAAAAAUAUUUGGUUUCACAGAGGAUGGCUAAUCCACAUGCAUAAAUAGCUGAGAGUCAUAAGACUGGAUUAAAUAGUGUGGGAAAGAAAAAUGAUGAGGGACUGUGAAGCAUAAAAUUUGUUGAUCAACUACCGGAUCUGUUUCACACAGCAAACAGCAAGCCCACGGACAAUCCAAAUACAGAGAAGGUAUAAGAUGGAAAGAAAUUGCCUUCAUAGCCUCCAAAGCCAAGAACAUAAUUGUCUCACUUCUGGAUCUACCAUUCCAUGCAAGGUUGCAGAAUGCCAAUACACAAGUUAGAUGAAAGAGCCAUUUCAUGUUGGGUCUCUAAACAAUCCCAAGUCUGUACUCACCAUGUGUUGCCACCAGCUCAGCAUGUCCUAUUAAAGUCCUGCUUCGAACACAAAUUCACUACGACAAAAAGGUGAAUUUCUGUUUUAUCGUUGAUUUGACAUCUAAACUUCUUGGGAUGUGGCCGUGUAUAUCAGUAGACUAAAUGGCAUCAGAGGGAUGAGAGCCUUUCGCAAAUGGGUGAAUGCGCUCUGUGGCAUUGUUUGAAGCAUGCCACUCUCAUCAAUGGCAGCCUUGCAGAGGAGAAAGAACUUUGCGGGGGAAGAAAAAGCUGUUCUAAGACUUUGGUGGGAGAUGAAGGCACAGAUGGUGCUGGGAUCAUAUCAAAAUGGGAAUAAAGGGUGGCUGCAGGUGGGUCAGGUCCAGAUGUUUAGAUCCAUAUGCUGUUAUUAUCAACUGAUGCAAUGGAAUAAUGCUGGGUGGGUGGUGGAUGCCGAUGAACUGGCCGGCCCCAUUCAAUCAGUUGAAUGAUGGAUCUGUGUCAAGUCCGAUCUUGACGGGUCAAGGAGCCUGUCUGGUGCAAAACUUGGAAAGGAAAUGAAGGAUUCCCAGUGUCGUCCACAUGAACUUGGUCGCAUGGAAUAUUGUUUAUGGUUGUUGUAUGAAUUGGGUUGUGCCAUAUCUUUCAUGGCAACUGUUCUCAAGUGGACAAUGAGUUGUCUGUUUGCUUCUGCUUUUGUCUCUAUUUUAUAAUACAUAUAUUUAUGGUAGAGGCCUGGGAGGAUCACUCGCCAGUUGCAACUAUUCAUGUUGA